UACUAUAAGUAAUUUAUGCGUAGGCGAGAGUAAAUUAAAAAAGCUCGAAUGCUUGUGUUGCGGUUUACACUUAUACUCUGCACGGUCAGCGGAUGCUGGCAACCGCUUUCAUGGACAUCGUUAUCGAAACAUAUAAUAUAUGACAGUUAUAGAAUAUUGCUAAUUUGCUUAAUAAGUGCAUUUACAAUAUCACAAGUUAUGAACAUUGCAUUUAACAUUGACAACUUCAGUGAAAUAAGUGAUAAUAUAUAUAUGACGUUAACGGUAUUUAUCGCAACUUACAAAUUAGUUACUAUGUGGAUAACUAAAAGACACGUCAGAAUGAUAAUAAAUAUUCUUACGGAGGAGCCUUUUAAACCGUCGGAAUCAUGCGAAGUAAUGAUUCGACAAAAAUAUGAUAAAAUAAUAAAGAAAUACGCGUCCUGGUAUUAUGGCCUCGUCCAGAUAACAGUCAUAUGCAUAAUUUUAAAUGCCGUCAUUAUGGAUUUCAUGAAUGGAAACUUGACAUACAAGGCAUGGGUGCCAUUUGAAUAUAAGUCAUCCAUUAUAUUUUACUUCGUAUUCACUCACCAAAUGAUAGGUAUGUCAAUUACUGCGGCUGUAAAUGUUGCCUGUGACAAUCUGGUAUCUGGACUCCUGCAGGAGAUUUGCUGUCAACUUGAGAUCCUGGAAUACCGACUAACGAAAAUUUUACAUGAUCAACAUUUCCUUCGUGAUUGUGUACGUCACCACGACCGUAUAUAUGAAUACGCGUAUAUGGUAAAUCGGAGGUUUGCGAAGAUAAUCGCUCUCCAGUUUGCAGUAAGCAUGCUAGUGGUGUGUGCUAAUUUAUACAAAUUAGCUUCUAUUCCUACUCUGAUGCUCAAUGGCGGUCUCGUUACACUGAUACUGUAUACAGCUUGCAUGUUAUCACAGAUUUUUCUCUAUUGCUGGUUUGGAAAUGAACUCAAAUUAAAAAGUACUGGAGUAGCAAACAGCAUAUACAAUAUGGAAUGGCACAUCCUUGAUAACAAGAGCAAAAGAGAUCUCCUGUUAAUCAUGAAACGCUCGAUGAUUCCUAUUGAAUUUACUAGCGCAGUUAUCAUCACAAUGAAUCUUGAAUCGUUUGUAUCUUUACUUAAAGCAUCAUAUUCAGCUUAUAAUUUAUUGAAACGCUCACACAGACAAGUAGUGCAAAUUAAACAUAAAGUCUUUGUAAGUGCACUAUACAUACAUAUAAAAGCUCAAAUGAACCUGAUGAAAUUUACACUCAUGAUCUGCGCGCUCGCUGGAUGCUGGCAGCCGCUCAUGUGGACAUCGCUGUUUAAACAUAUAAUUUAUAAGGCUUAUGCAAUGUUUCUGAUAUCUUCAUUAUAUAUAUUUCUACUUUCACAAUUUAUCAAUAUCAUAUUAAACGUCGGAAACUCUGAUGAAUUUACCGAUGCCUUAUACAUGAUGUUGACGAUACUUGUAGCAGGCUACAAACAGGCUUACAUGUGGAUAGACCGUAAGAAUGUUAUGAUAAUAAUAAAUGUUCUUACUGAAAAACCAUUUGCACCAUAUGAAACACACGAAGUAACAAUUCAAGAGAAAUUUGAGCAAAAGAUACAGAAUAAUACGCGGAGGUAUUUAACCAUCGUCAUGAUGUCAAUCACAUCGAUACUAACGAUGUCUGUAUCCACGGAUCUUAUGAAAAGAAAUUUAACAUAUAAGGCAUGGAUACCGUUUGACUACUCAUCUCCUGCUACAUAUUUUGUUGUAUAUACUCACCAACUAAUAGCCAUGUCAACUUCUGGUAUAGUAAAUGUUGCUGUCGAGAGUUUACUUUGCGGAUUUUUGCUACACAUCUGCUGUCAGUUUGAAAUUCUGGAAUAUCGAUUGACAAAACUCACGCAUGAUCAAAAUAGUCUGCGCGACUGUGUUUGCCACCACAACCAAAUCUUUGAAUACGCAUAUACAGUGAAUAAUAUGUUCGCAAAAAUAAUCGCUAUCCAGUUUGCUGUGAGUAUGUUGGUACUGUGUUCAAACUUAUAUCGAAUAGCUAUGGCGACCGACUACGUGAGCUUCAUUCCAUUGAUAAUGUAUACGAGUGCUAUAUUAGUACAGAUUUUCAUCUACUGCUGGUUUGGAAACGAAGUUAAAUUAAAAAGCCUUCAAUUGAUGAAUAGUAUUUAUCACAUAGAAUGGCCAGCGCUUAGUAAUAGCAAUAAGAAAGAUCUCCUACUAAUGAUGAGACGCGCUAUGACUCCCAUCGAAUUUACUAGCUCAUACAUAAUUACGAUGAAUAUCGAGUCGUUCGUAGCUUUGCUUAAGAUGUCAUAUUCAGUUUUCAAUUUGCUGCAUCAAACAAAUGAAUAGUGACAUAAUUAAUAAAAAGAAAUUAUUAUUCUUAUUGUUU